AUUUUUCAAUCCUUUGUCAUCAGGAGUAGGUGUAAUCAAAUGGACGGUUCGGAUUUGUAAAUCACCUUGCCACGUGUACUCUAGAAGGAUAGGAUUUACCACAUUCCAGUCCUUCCUGAGUUACCAUAUCAUCUCCCUUCCUCAUAAUCUAACAAGCACUUGGAUUCCAUGCCACGGACGGUUAGGACCGUCCAAUCGUCCUUACUUUGCACGGCAGCCCAUCUGAGGUGGGCCCCACCUCGUGUGCGUCCCAGUCACCUCCACUAUGUAGUCGUGUAAGACGGAAUCUGCAUGUUAGCAAAUGACCGAAAAACCUUCGCAAACGCAUUACUUCAUGCAGCCACUAGCAACUGUUCGAUGAAAUGCUCCAAAGAAAGCAGUUUUCAUGGGCUAAGAAAAUAUCAGCAUAUGUAAACGAAGGACAAUGCCAGAAAGGUCUGACUCUCAUCCAUUACCUUCAAAAAUCUGGCGCAGAAAUAACAGAAUUCCAUCUUUCAGCUGUUCUCAAGGCCUGUGGAAGGCUACAAGCCAUUGAUGAAGGAAAGGUGGCCCACGCCAUGAUAUUGAAACGUGGGUACCAUGGAGAUGUGGUCCUCAUGACAUCUCUUGUGGACAUGUACUCCAAGUGUUCCACCAUUGACAGCGCCCGUCGUGUAUAUUACGACACACCCAAAAGAGAUGUGAUCGCGACGAAUGCAAUGAUCACUGGAUUAUGCCUAUGUGGCCAAACAACAGAAGCCAUCCAGUUGUUCGAUGGGAUGCCGAGCCGGGUUGUGGGGUCAUGGAAUUCAUUGAUCUCAGGCCUAGCGCGGAAUUCGCACGGCGGGGAAGCGAUGCAAUUCUUCAAAAAAAUGCGAUCAGUGGGUGAAAAGGAAGAUUUCACAACACUGGUUAGUGUUCUUUCUGUUUGUGCAGACUUGGCCCAAUUGAUCAACGGUAGACAAGUCCAUGGUUUGGUAAUUAAGCAUGGAUUUGAGUUUUAUGUUCCGGUCGGUAACGCGCUCGUCGACGUGUAUGCUAAGAGCGGAUGCAUGGAUGAUGCUUGCCGAUGUUUCGACAACAUGCCAUCCAAGAACAUAGUUUCAUGGACUACUCUAAUAAUGGGGUAUGGCAAACAUGGCCUUGGAUCAGAGGCUCUGAGAGCCUUUGAUCAGAUGAAGUUGAUGGGCUUUGUCCCAAACAAGAUAACAUUGUUGGGCACCCUUUAUGCAUGCACCCAUGCUGGCCUAAUGCAAGAAGGAUGGGAUAUUUUCAACUCCAUGGUCCAUACAUACUCCAUCACACCCAUGAUGGAGCAUUACACAUGCAUGGUGGACCUCCUCUCAAGGGCGGGCCGCCUCGAGGAGACCUGUUGGUUCAUCGAGAGGAUGCCGGUCGAGCCAGACGUGAGGCUGUGGACAGCGUUCCUCAGCUCAUGCUGCUUCCACAAGAAUGUGGAUCUAGCAAGGAGUGUUGGGGAGAAGUUGAUGGAAUUGAGGCCACAAGAAAGCGGGCCAUACGUGUUGUUGUCUAAUUUCUACGGUCUGAUUGGAGACUGGGAAGGUGUGGCCCAGGUCAGGAGGCUGAUGUUGGAUAGAGGUGUAAGGAAAGAGAAGGCAUGUACCUGGAUUGAGAUCAACGGAGUGGUCCAUGCAUUUGAGUCAGGAGAUAGAUCUCACCCUUCAUAUAAAGAGAUCUAUAACUACUUGGAAGAUCUGAUAAAGAGAAUGAAAUCUAUUGGGUAUGUGGCUAAAACUGGUUUAGUGGUCCAAAAUGUGGAAGAACAUGUGAAGGAAGAGAUUCUACUCGGCCACAGUGAGAAGCUUGCAAUCGGGCUCGGGCUCAUCAGCACACCGCCAGGGACUAAAAUCGUCAUCAUCAAGAACCUUCGAGUCUGCAUGGACUGCCACGAUGCGACCAGGUUUAUAUCGGAGAUUGAAGGGAGGGAAAUUGUCGCCAGAGACGCCAGCCGGUUCCAUCAAUUCAAAGGCGGGGAGUGUUCCUGUGGAAAUCAUUGGUGAGAGCUGCAAUGGCAACGAUGGUGGGACAUAGCUGAAAAGGAAAUGGUGAGCCAUGGCCCAAGAAGCUGACCAUGGAUUUUGGUGAUUGAAAUGGAUCUGGUGCAUGUCCAAUUCCAUUCAAAGAGCCAAACGGUGCAACAUGAUUGUUUAUAUAUAUAUAUAUAUAUAUAUGAAACGCAUGUUUGGAAUCAACAAGAAAUGGAAAACUGUCCAUUCCAGUCUAGUCCAUAAAGAGGUUGUUUGGGUAAAGGGAUUUAGGGUAGGGGUUAGUGAAAAAGCCACCAACUUGUUUUUUUUUUUUUUUUGUUAGAGAUUUGUCAAUCCGUGGAUUUUUCAAAUCCACACCCUAUAUAUCCAUGGAUUUGAUGCAAA